AUGUCUGAAACGUCAGUUUGUGCAGUAAGAAGUUCACAUCAGAGCAUAUUUUUUUACAUAUACACAUUACGUUUUGCAAUAAACAUUUGUUAAAAAUGCAGUGAAUAAUCAAACAGUGUUGUAGUAAUUCGAACUUUAAAGAAAAAUAUGGCGCCGACACGAAUUAUAUUAAUGUCAUGUGGAAGUUAUAAUCCACCGACAAAUAUGCAUUUACGAAUGUUUGAAAUUGCACGAGAUCAUUUACAUCGUAUGGGUACACAUGUAGUUGUAGGAGGAGUUAUAUCUCCAGUUCACGAUAGUUACGGAAAAAAAGAACUUGCUAGUGCUGAACAUAGAGUGGCAAUGCUAAAAGCAGCAUUACAAAAUAAUGAAUGGAUAAAAGUAAGCACCUGGGAAACUCGACAGAAUACCUGGUCAAAGACUAAAACAAGCCUUACGUAUCACCAGAACAUCCUGAAUUCAGUCCUACAAAAUUCAAAUGACAUAAAAAAUAAUGUUGAUACUCAGGAUUUAGAGUGGAUUCCUGAGAAUGUUAAAAAUGGAUCAGACAAAACCCCUAUCCAGAUAAAACUUUUAUGCGGAGCAGACCUUUUAGAAAGCUUUGCAGUACCUAAUUUAUGGGCAGAGGAAGAUAUUGAUGCUAUUCUGGGUCAACAUGGCCUGGUUGUAAUCACAAGGGAAGGAUCUAACCCAAAUAAAUUUAUUUACGAUUCUGACCUUCUAUCGAGGCACAUGCACAAUAUUUACAUAGUAACGGAAUGGAUAUGUAAUGAAGUAAGUUCUACGAAAAUUCGAAGAGCAUUGAAAAGAGGAGAAAGUGUAAAAUAUCUUAUUCAGGAUGCUGUAAUUGAUUAUAUUCAUAAUUGUGGUCUCUACGAUGUUAAAACUACGUCAUCGACAACUAAGUUAUCAUUGUCUUCAACAAAUAGCGACAAUUAUUUGCACAUUGAUUCAAAGUACAACAGUGCUUUUUUGACACCGUCACCAAGUGAUGUUACAAUGGCGAGUCCAAGUCCAGUGGAAAUAAUCUCAAUUGAUAUUGCUGAAUCUCUGAUACAAAAAAAUAUUCAAAAUUCACCUAAAUCUAGAUUAAUUAUCAAUUCAGAUGAUACCGCACGUAUGCGUGACAAGUUCAUGAAUAUUAUUAGUGAAAAUGAUAACAAAAUUUCUAAUGUAGGAAUUAAGUCUAUUUAUCCAGGACAAGCAAAACAGAUUAUUGCCACUGAGACUGGAGAAUCGCAGAUAUUUUGUGAGGUAGGUUUACAUGAGACAAGCACAAGCGUUCCAAAUAAUUUUACUAAUGGCACAGAGCGUGAUAACAAUAGCACUGAGUGUGAAGUGAAUGAUAAAGCAGAAAAAUGCGUUGAAGAAAUUGAUGGAAAUAUUUCUUCAUCAAUAUUAUUAGUUAAUGAAACAGUUGAACAAAUUCCUUCGAAUGUUAUUUCACCAGCAGAUGAUUCUGGAGAAGUAAAAUCUGUGGAAUCCGUAGUUUUUAAUUGUGAUAAAAAAAUUUCAAGUGUUCAAUAUAUUGAAGUUAAAGCGACAAUCUCACCACCACUUUCUGUUCCUGAGGCUGAAACAUCAAAGGAUGAUAGUCAACGUAAAGAGAUUUCUCAAACAAUUGACCAACCAAGAAGAUCUUUGACCAAUUCUAGCUCUAAAAAUCUUGAUAUUGAUGGUAAGUACCUGAAGUCUGUGAGAAGUACCCGAAAAAAUAUGAAACAAUUGCAUACUCUUUCGGAACAAGUGGUACCGAUGAUGGAAAGUGACAACAAAAGUUCAGAAGAAAAAGAAGAACAAGUUGAAGACAUUAAAAAUCUUGAACGAUCAAAGAGUGUUAAAGAGAAUAACUCUCAGCAUAAAAAUUUUCAAGGUAGUCUUGAGUCCAUUAAUGCACGUAAGCCUAAAAAGAUGUUAUCCAAGAAAUCUAAGAGUUUUGAAUAUAUAAAAGGUGAUUUAUUAGUGAAAGAAAUCAAGCAAAUAGAUUUUAGUGAUAAACCUUCAGUAGAUCAAUCACCAAGUUCUACAACAAUUGAAAAAAUAGAAAUACCAGACGUAGAUGAUACUCAAAUUGGUGAUGAAUAUUGUUCAGUCUGCUGUAACAGCUCUCCAGUGGAUGUUGAUUCACCCGAAUGUGAAAUUUGCAGUUCGACCCAUUUUCAGAACAUUGAACCUAUUCCGACAGAACCUCAGUGUGAACUUUGUGAAAUUUGUGGUGAUAUCGCAAUGGAUUUGGAUGUUGUUGCUUCCUCUCGACCGGAGUCAGAAGAGCAACUCGAAGCUCGUUUGUUUGCUGGAUCACGUCACGUACCUUUAAACUUGAAGAAAAGAAAAAUAACUUCUGGAGUGAAUAUGGAUGGAAGGAUUUUCGAUAUUGCUGAUGAAGAUGCUGAUUGUGAAGACAAUGGUGAAAUUCAAAUACCAUCAAUUGAUAAAAAUGAAAGAGCACCAUCAACUUCAAUUGAAGAAUAUUCUGAUGAUGAUUCUACUCUCGAUGAUGUUGAAUUUGAAAUUGAAAAUUGUGGAUUAGAUACAGAAACAAACCAAUCUACUGCUACAGUAACAAUCCAGAAAGAUGACACAUCUUAUGAGAAAAAAUUAGAAGAUAUUUCCAACAUUGAGGAUAAAACUGAUCCUAAAAAAAUAACUCGUGGUAGUUCAUUAAUCAAUCGAUCAGUGUCUAAGCCUGACUCUAAGAAGCGUUACUCAUCAGUUGAUGAUUUGCCAAUUUCUAAAAAGACUGUGAAAUCAAUUUCUAAGGAGGCAAUUGAAGUAAAAGAACAAAUAAAAGUUGCUGGGUCAGUAGAUAAUAUUCGCAUGACAAAGACAAAUAAAAGUUCUAAUAGGUUAAGAAAGUCUGCUGAUGACGUUGGAAAGAGCAUAAAAGAGGAAGAAAAGUUGGAAGAGUCCAAGCAGCUACUUACACGUCAAAAUGAGAAAAGUUCUCGUCUUGAACCUGAUACUAUUAAAUUUAUCAUUGGAAAACACGGUUUGAAGAUAAUUAGUGAUAGAGAGACGGCUUUGUAGCUAAGGAUUUAUACGGGAAUGUUAUAAACAUUCUCGUUGGCAUCAGAUGGAAACGAACACUGAUGUAAUUAAUAAUGAAAUAAUAAUGAAACUUGGAAAAAAUUAUUUAAAUAGAUUAAUCAAAGGAAUUAAUGAGUUUAGAUGAAAUAAAUAUUCACAAUUAUUAUUUUUUAUGUAUUUUAUCGAUACAUUGAUUAAUUAAUGUGUCGCAGGAGAAUAACUGUUCAUAGCAUUUAAGAAUUUUAUCAGAUUCAGACAAUGGAGCUUCCACUGUAUAAUUAAUUAAAGACUUAAACUAAUUAAUAUAAAAAUUGGCUGUAAUUUAAAUAGUUGGAUACAUAGGUAAACUUGAACGCUUAAUAUUUUUAUGCACGACGCAUUUGCACUUGCAAUAGAUGGCUUACAAUAAUUAAUCAAUUUAUACGUAGAUUAUAAUAUUCUAUUAUACUCUAGAUUGCUAUUAGUUUAUGGAGUUUGCGCUUUUCUUUAUUACUCUCUUCUUUCUCUAAUUUGUAGAUGUUUUAAUGAAAUUUUUAUCAUUACACCCUGAAAUACCUACAAUUAUAGUUUUUAUCAUUUAAUGAUUAUAAUUAGGAUUUAAUAUAAAAUUUAGAAUCCAAUUCUUCAGUUAGAUCAAUGUAUUCUUUAAUUUUCAAGAUAUUCCAGGGUACUCGAAUGACUCUUUCAGUUAUCAAACGCUCAAAUAUAAUUACAAAUAUUUUUCUUCCAUUAAAAUAUUCUUCAACUAUACAAUUUCUAAUAAAACAUAUUGAAAAAAAAAAUUUUUUUAAAAAUGAUUAUUCAGUAAAUAAACUAAAAAAACAAGCACGAAAAAUAAUAUUUGUUUAAAUUAAAACUGAAUUGUGUAUGACAUUGUUUAUUAAAUGGGAAUGUCUAGUCAGGGCCUUAAGUCCUUUAUCAAGAACUUCUGCGCAAUCUCCAAAAGGCUAUAAAAAAGAAUUGUCUAGCAUAGAAUUGAAUGAAGUGAGAAGGAAAAAAAAAUAACUGUAGAUUGCGUGGAGGAAUUAUUUCUGAUGUUGCAUGUGAUAUGUGUGUUUUCAGGGUACAGCAAAACCUGCAUGCCUACUAUAAGACAGAUAGUUGACUGUCUUAUUACUGCUCAUCCCAUUGGAUGCGGUUCUUGUCUCCUUGCUGCUAAACGUAAUAAAUACGCUAUCGACUCUCGUAGUAUUGACAUCUCCAGUAAUAUCCAAGAGAAAACAAUAUGUCUAAAUGCUAUCGACAAUACUCCAAUGAUCCUCGUAAAGAACUACAAUCGCAAUACGUAGCAUUUAACAGCUAAAUAAUCAAACCCUAGUGUCUUAAAUCCACAUUAGUUUUUAUUUUAAUUUAUUUUUGUUGUAUUCAUUUAUUUAAUUGCAAUGAGAAUGAUCUGCUGCAACCGCUCGACCAAGACUGAAAGCUAAAUCUCAUUCUUUACUUUUACAUUCUACUAUUUGUCUUUACUUUCAGCUACUGUUGUUUGCAUUGUUUUCAACGAAAGAUCUAUCCUUUAAUUGCUAAAUUAGAAUAACUCUUGUGACUUAGUUGUGUUGGUUUAUUUGAAAUACAGGUUUUAUUAUUUUGUAAUAUUUUUUAAUGAAUUGCAAACAAAUAUUGCGAUAGUGACAAUUUAUAUUUUGUAUAUUUUAAAAGAUAUACAUAAUAUUCUAUCUAUAAUUAUAAAAAAAUAUAUAUGUAUAA